UUCUGAUGGUACUUCAGAUGGCGUUAGUAGUCCGGGUGUGGUGAAUAAACUGCAGAGUGACGAGUGAGGUGACUCAUAUUGUUCAACGACGCUCUUUGCCUUUCUUGUAUUCUUUUCUCGUUAAUAUCAGUCAAUCACAAAAUGUCUGCCCGUAAAACAGCAGGCCGCCGGGCAACUACAAAGAAGCGUGCACAACGUGCGACGUCUAAUGUAUUUGCAAUGUUCGAUCAAGCACAAAUCGCAGAAUUCAAAGAAGCAUUCAAUAUGAUCGAUCAGAAUCACGAUGGAUUCAUAGACAAGGAAGAUCUUCACGAUAUGCUUGCCUCGCUUGGUAAGAAUCCCACUGACGAAUAUUUAGAAGCUAUGAUGAACGAAGCACUUGGUCCAAUCAAUUUCACAAUGUUUCUAACCUUAUUCGGUGAGAGACUUCAAGGUACCGAUCCUGAGGAUGUUAUUAAGAAUGCGUUUGGUUGUUUCGACGAAGAAAACACUGGUCACAUAAAUGAAGAACGUCUGCGUGAACUCUUGACAACCAUGGGUGACAGAUUCACCGACGACGAUGUCGAUGAAAUGUAUCGCGAAGCACCCAUUAAAGGAUCCAUGUUUGAUUAUUUAGAAUUCACACGAAUUUUGAAACAUGGAGCUAAAGAUAAAGACGAACAGUGAGCAUUAAAUACAAUCUCAUCUCCUCACCGUACGAAUCUAUUUUCUAUCAUAAAAAGUAACUUAAGUUUUUCUUUAUUUCAAUUUUCAAAGUAUGCCCGAUAAAUUAUUUAUAAAGCAUAACAUUUGAAUUUUUAAAUCUUUUGAUUAGUAUUACAUUUUCAUUCAUAGCCAUGCCAUCUAUAUUCUUAUUAUAUUUAAUAUAUCCUAUAUUCUUAAUAUAUGCAUUAUGUCAGAAAAAAAUAUGUGCCGUUAAAGUAUAGGUUAUGGUACUCUAUUAAAAAGGGAGUUAAAAUACUGUGCAUUAUAAAAGGAGAUCAGUAAGAUAUGAUUUAUUGAACUCCCACCAUUUUAUUAUGGUGUAUAUUAAUAAUAAUAACGAAGCGGUCGAUAAGAAAAUAUACAUAUAAGAUAUAUUUACAAACUUGUAACUGUUGUAGAUUUGGCAUUUAUAUUUUAAUAUAAUAAUCCACUCCGAA